GAACUAGAACAUUCUGUGACUGGUUUAAUUAAGAACUAGAACAUUCUGUGGUAAAGGACCAGAACUUUAUGUGUUAAGAACCUUCCAGAGGUUCAGUAUUCUAGAACUUUGUGGGUGUUGUAGAACAAUCUAGAUCUUUGGUGCAUGUGUCUGUAUAAAAUAGCUAGAGAAGGAGUUAUGUUCAGUUCUGUUCUCAUGUUAAAGUUAUAGAAGACUCCUAUUUACUUGGAUCGUGUUCUGUUUAAGUCAACUGCGAGCCUUGGCGCAGCCGGGGGCGCAUGACAAUUGGUGGCAGCGGUGGGAUAGUCGAAGACAGUGGUUUUUCGAGACCCACAAAUUUGAGAAGCGAAUGGUAGAUCUGUAUGUCGGUGACAAGGACUGGCAGAAUCUACAACCUAGGAGAAUCGGUGAACGAAACAGAACAAGACGUGGAGAGUGACCAAGCUGUAAUAACGAUGGCAGAGACAGGAACUGGAGUGACUGAACUUCUACAGAUGCUGCUGGAAGAUCGCCGGAGCCGUGACGAGGCAGAAACGGAAAGGGCCAGAGCAAGAGAAGAAGAGAACAGACAACGAGAGCGAGAACGAGCAGAAGAACAGGAACGUAGAGAGAGAGAAAGUGAACAAAGAAUGCAAAUGAUGCAAAGUCAGGUGGAGAUGAUGAGAAACUGGAUGGACCUAAAUCAGAGUCGAGAGGAGAUCAAGGCGAAACGAGCGGAAGAUCUACGACAUUUGAACCUAGCCAAACUCACGGAAAAAGAAGACAUUGAGGCAUACUUGACUACGUUUGAGCGACUGAUGACAGCCUUUGAAGUGAAAGAAGAGCACUGGGCCCAUAAGUUAGCGCCACAACUUACGGGGAGAGCCCAGCAGGCCUUUGCUGCAAUGGAUGUAGAGAAAGCUAAGAACUAUGAGGACGUGAAAAGAGCUAUACUGCAACGCUAUGAUAUUAGCGAAGAAACGUACCGCAAACGCUUCCGAACUACGAAGAAGGCCGAAGGGGAGGCGUACCUGGAGCUCGCAACAAAACUGAGAGACCUCCUGGAGAAAUGGACAGCAGGCUGCACCACGAUGGAAACACUCAAGGAGAAAAUUGUAGUGGAGCAACUGAUGGAGGGGAUGCCUAGAGACCUGAGAAUUUGGUUGGGCGACCGAAAGCCCACUACCGGAGAAGAAGCGGGAAGACUGGCCGACAGCUAUGUUCAUUCCCGUCAACUUGAUCCUAAGGAGUUACCGCCACGAGAGACUCGUCGGCCCAGCAGUGAGAGCGGAGCAACCAAAACGUGCCACUACUGCAAGAUAAAGGGCCAUAUUGCCAAAGACUGUAGGAAGGCUAUGGCUGAUCGAAGGACAGAGAAAGGACGGAGGGAGGCCAACAAAACAAAGAUGGAAUGGAACAAAAUCAAAUGCUACAACUGCCAAGAGAUCGGACAUAUUGCCGCAAAUUUCCCUAGCAAGUCAAAUCUAUUCACAGAAGAAACUGAAUUGGUGUACAUGAAUGAGGACAAGUUGGAGAAGAAAAUCAACCCCCAGAUUACACGAUCUGGCACAGUGGAGGGAAAAGCAGUAGACGAGAUUGUCCUUGACACCGGUUGUGCCCGUUCGAUGGUGAGAAGUGAUCUGCUACCACAGAAGAAGCAACUAGGACGAGUUCGCAUCCGAUGUGCUCACGGAGACGUUCGAGAAUAUCCACUCGUAAGUGUAGAAAUUGGCCUCGGAGAAGGAAGACACCAAAUCGAAGCAGCAAUUUCAAAGACCCUCCCAGUACCAGUGCUACUCGGACGAGAUGUGGCAGGCCUACUCGAAAUGUUACAGAAUAAGGAAGGGACAGUUCGGACUGAAGAAGCCCUUGCCGUAAUGACCAGAGCCCAGGCCAAGAAAAACGAAGAAGAAAGAGUGGAACUGGAGAAGAUACAACAACAGGAGGGAAUCAAACAGCCUACUACCACGUCCGACACAUCCACUGAUGAGAUGCCUGAUGACCAAGUGGCCAAGAUGGUUCCAAACACUCCCAACACUCCUGAUGACCAACAAGCCGAGAUGCUAACGGACUUGGACGUAACCGAUGACCAAAUUGCUGAGAUGCCAAUUGGUGCAGAGAUGGACCCAGAUCUUUUUCUCGAAGUAAAGAAACACCAGCAACUAACUAGGAGAGAGAAGAGGCAGCAGAGGCGUGAAGUGGCUCAAAACAAGCAGACACACCCCUUGGACCUGUCCCCCAUUGAGUUGCGACGAAUGCAGCAAGAAGAUGUCACGCUUAAAGGUAUUCGAGAAGCAAUGAACGGUGCUACUGGAGCCAGCAAGAUGGUCUUUCACGAAGAAAAUGGACUGAUUUACCGUCAAUGGAUCUCACCCCAUGGCGAAGACAGCAGCCCGAUACAGCAGUUGGUGCUACCAGAGUCGUGCCGUAGCCUAGUGAUGUCCCUUGCUCACCAUAUUCCAAUGGCUGGCCACAUGGGGCAGCGAAAGACCGUAGAACGGAUUCUCCAGCGGUUCUAUUGGCCGACAGUAUUCGAAGAUGUGAAGAAGCUAUGCCAAUCGUGCGAAGAGUGUCAGAGGACAUCAAAGGGGAAAAAGCAGCGUGUACCAAUGAUUCCCCUACCCAUCAUUCGAGAGCCAUUUGAACGUAUUGCUAUGGAUAUCGUGGGUCCUCUUCCUCGUAGCCGCACGGGAAACCGCUACAUCCUGGUGAUUUGCGACUAUAGUACAAGGUACCCAGAAGCUGUCCCCCUACGAACCAUAGAUGCUGAGCACGUAGCCAAGGAGCUGAUAAUGUUUUUCUCAAGAGUAGGCAUACCCCGAGAGAUCCUGACUGAUCAAGGAGCUAAUUUCACAUCUGGAUUGCUAGCAGAGCUCUACCGCUUGUUGAAGAUACAGCCGAUCAAGACCAGCCCUUACCACCCUCAAACGGACGGAUUAGUAGAACGUUUCAAUCAAACCUUGAAGUCCAUGCUUCGCAAAACCGCCAAUGAAGAAGGAAAAGACUGGGACCAACUAAUUCCGUAUUUGCUGUUUGCCUACCGUGAAGUACCCCAGUCAUCAACCGGAUUUUCUCCCUUCGAACUAAUGUAUGGAAGGCAGGUGCGAGGACCUCUUGAUGUGCUCAAAGAAACGUGGGAAUCUAGCAAGAAAUCUACAGAGAGUGUCGUUUCUUAUGUCCUGACGAUUCAAGAAAAACUCGCCAAGAUGUCGGAGCUAGCUUGUGAGAAUCUGAAGAAGGCCCAAACAACCCAAAAGAAGUGGUAUGAUCGAAAUGCACGAGAGAGGAAGCUGCAGGUAGAGGACAACGUACUAGUCCUUCUACCUUCCUCGACCAACAAACUCCUAGCGAAGUGGCAAGGUCCCUACCCUGUGAAGAAAGUGAUUUCACCGGUGACAUAUGAAGUGGACAUGUUCGAUCACAAGAAGCGGAGAAGAGUCUUCCACAUCAACAUGUUGCGAAAGUGGAAUACCCCCACGAUCCCAAACCUCUUGGCGGAGGAAGAGAGAGGAGAAUUAACGGAUGAACUCCCGUUGUGGAAAGAAAGUGACGGUAUCACAAAGAAGAUUGUCAUGGACAAGCGACUGGAAGAGACCCAACAGUAUGACCUCCGUCAGCUAACCAACGAAUUCGUAGAAGCUAUGCGAGACACCCCAGGACGGACAGCAAUCAUUGAGCACGACAUUGAAACCGGAACGGCACGCCCAAUCAGGUUGCCUCCUUACCGCUUACCUCAUGCCUAUCGAGAGACAGUGAAGAAAGAAAUUGCGGAAAUGCUAGAACAUGGAGUGAUCGAGCCUUCGACAAGUGAAUGGUCAGCCCCUAUUGUAUUGGUGAAGAAGAAAGAUGGUACUAUGCGAUUCUGCGUUGACUAUCGACGUCUAAAUGGAGUUUCUGAGGCAGAUGCAUACCCAAUGCCCCGCAUUGACGAGAUGAUCGACAGACUAGGCCAAGCUAAGUACAUCACCACUUUGGAUCUGACAAAAGGAUACUGGCAGGUACCCCUCACCAAGAAAGCCCAGACGAAGACGGCAUUUGUAACCCCUUUUGGUCUUUAUCACUUCAAUGUUAUGCCAUUUGGCUUGCAAGGCGCACCGGCAACUUUCCAGAGGCUAAUGGACCGGGUACUGCAAGGACUGGAAGAAUAUGCUGCAGCAUACCUAGAUGAUGUUGUAAUCUACAGCUCCAAUUGGAAGGACCACCUCUACCAUUUACGUCAGGUGCUGGAGCGGAUCCAAGAUGCCGGCCUAACCAUGAAGCUCAGCAAAUGUCAGUUUGGGAUGGCCCACUGUAUAUACCUAGGCCAUGUCGUUGGGAGUGGAGUGGUGAAACCAGAGGAAACAAAACUAGAGGCAAUGAGGGAAUUUCCAAGACCAAAAACGAAAAAAGAAGUGCGUUGUUUCCUUGGAUUAACUGGAUAUUACAGGAGGUUUAUCCCGGAUUUCGCCUCCAUUGCCGCCCCCCUGUCUGACCUCACCCGAAAGAAUUUACCCUCAACAGUAAUAUGGACACCAGCUUGUGAGACAGCAUUCCAGACCCUGAAGAAGCAGAUGUUGUCACAGCCGAUAUUGCACAAUCCAGACUUUUCGAGAGCCUUUGUCCUCCAAACCGAUGCAUCCCAGCGAGGUGUAGGGGCAGUCCUCAGCCAAACUGAUGGGGAUGGCGCUGAACACCCAGUAGGAUAUUUUAGCCGAAAACUCCUUAACCGAGAAGAACACUACUCGACCGUGGAGAAGGAGUGCCUGGCAAUUAAACUCGCUGUUGAAGCUUUCCGAGUCUACCUCCUAGGACGACCCUUUGUAAUCCAGACGGACCAUCACUCCCUGGAAUGGAUGGAGCGAAUGAAAGAGAACAACAAUCGUCUCAUCCGAUGGAGCCUGGCCUUGCAACCAUUCAACUUUUCUGUCCGCUAUCGGAAGGGCAAAGACAACCAAAACGCAGACGCCCUCUCCCGAUUGCCUAUUUCUCACCCCGACAUGAAUGUCGCAGGAGAAGGGGAGAGGAAUGUGGUGAACUAGAACAUUCUGUGACUGGUUUAAUUAAGAACUAGAACAUUCUGUGGUAAAGGACCAGAACUUUAUGUGUUAAGAACCUUCCAGAGGUUCAGUAUUCUAGAACUUUGUGGGUGUUGUAGAACAAUCUAGAUCUUUGGUGCAUGUGUCUGUAUAAAAUAGCUAGAGAAGGAGUUAUGUUCAGUUCUGUUCUCAUGUUAAAGUUAUAGAAGACUCCUAUUUACUUG